AUGAAACCGCAAGUCGAGGAGGUUGAAGAUGAUUUGGGUGCUGAGGAGGAAAACAAGAUAAUCAAUGAAGUGCGGUCCUACUUGCCUCGUUGUUUUUGUCUUGUCACUGACUCUCGCUGCGUUAACCUAAAGGAAUAUAAAGUCUGGAAAAAAAAUGCGCCAUAUCUUUACGAUCUAGUCAUUACGCAUGCUCUUGAUUGGCCGUCCUUGACAUGCCAGUGGUUUCUGGACAAAGAAUCGCCGCCCAACAAAUCAUACUCAAUCCAUCGUCUUCUCCUCGGCACCCAUACCUCUGGUCAGGCACGAGACUACGUCCAAAUCGCGACUGUAUCGAUACCCAAACGCGAUUCGUCUGCCUCUGCACAAAAGCUUUCUCGUAGCGACUACGAUGAUACGCGUGGAGAGCUUGGGGGACACACUAUCCCACCUGCCCCCAGAAUUCAAGUCAUUCAGAAAAUUAAUCAUGAAGGAGAAGUCAAUCGCGCAAGGUACAUGCCUCAAAACCCGGAUUUGAUUGCUACGAAAGCUGUUAGCGGGGAAGUACUUGUUUUUGAUCGGACGAAACAUCCAAGUGAACCAGAGAAGGAUGGGGUAUGCAAACCAGAUAUCAGGCUGAUUGGACAGAAGCGGGAAGGAUACGGUCUUUCAUGGAAUCCCACGAAGUCUGGUCAUGUCUUGGGCGCGUCGGAAGAUAUGACUGUGUGUCAUUGGGAUGUCAACUCGUACACUAAAGCAAAGACUUCAAUCGAGCCAACAACUGUCUUCAAAGGCCACUCGUCGGUGGUUGGGGAUGUUGACUGGCAUGCAACACAGGGGACUGUUUUUGCCAGCGUUGGUGAUGAUAAAAUGCUCAUGAUUUGGGAUACAAGAACGCCGGGUGAGCCGGUAACCAAAGUUCAAGCUCACGAUCGGGAAGUCCUCUGCGUCGCGUGUAGUCCUGCGUCUGAGCACCUAAUCGCUACGGGAAGUGGCGACAAGACCGCGGCCCUGCAUGAUAUUCGCCAACCGACCAAGAAACUUCACGUCUUUGAAGGCCACGCAGAUGAAGUUCUCAACUUGGCAUGGUCACCACACAAUCCCACAAUCUUUGCAUCGGCAGCGGGUGAUAGAAGAAUAAACGUUUGGGAUUUGUCGUUGAUUGGACAGGAGCAGACGCCUGAUGACCAAGAGGAUGGACCGCCGGAAUUGCUGUUCGUACAUGGAGGACAUACCUCUCGGCCUACUGACUUAUGUUGGGCUCCUGGAGAAGGAGAGAAUUGGACUGCUGCUAGCGUAUCGGAAGACAACGUUGUGAUGGUCUGGCAACCAACGAUGAGGGUAUGGGCGGGUCCUGAGGUCAAGGUUGAUCCAACUGAAUUGGAGGCGGAUAGUAUGGAGGGGAUUGAGGAUUUGGAAAAUAACGGGAAAGGGAAGCAAAGGGAAAAAGAGGAGAAGGGAGACAAUGGAGAUGGCAAUGCUAUGGAGGAGUAA